AUGGCCGCCGCCGGUCCCCACGUGGUAGCCGAUUGCGGCUACCAAACUCCAGAUGAGCUCAACCGCCCUUCCUAUUUCUCUGCCGCUCCUGAGGGCGCCUCAGCUUCUGCUCCUGCCCUGAGUUCGCCUGUGAGGCGCCCGGCAUUUGUUCCGCAUCCUUCGUAUGGUCCUGUUCUGCCGUCCGACUCUAGUCCAGCCGCCUCCGAUCACCAGCCGCAUUCAAAUGGUCAUACUCCCGACAAUUUGGAUUCGCGCAUGGAGAAGGGCUCUAGUAAAAGGUCGCCCAAUGGUCGGGUUGGUCUUCGCGAUAGGAUCGUCUGUCAUACGUGGACAUGGUUCACUAUGACGAUGGCAACUGGAGGAAUGGCAAAUGUAAUACAUUCCCUCCCGUACCAAGCUGCGUGGCUAAAUGGCAUAGCCAUAGCCUUCUUCUUACUGAAUGUUCUUCUUUUCAUUAUGAACUGUGUCUUGGCAACACUGCGUUUUCACUGGCGCCCAGGAACCUUGGUUCAUACCUUCACCGACCAGACAGAAUCACUGUUCAUACCGGCAUCCGUUGUUUCGUUUGCCAUCAUAUGCAUCAAUAUCUGCCAGUUUGGUGUUCCGUAUGUUGGGCCAUGGCUCCUGAGGAUUAUGCAAAUACUGUUCUGGUCAUAUACCGCGAUGAGCAUGUUGGCUAGCGCCAGUAUAUACUUGGUCCUCUGGUCCACAUUAGUCUUCCCUAUCCACACUAUGACGCCAACCUGGGUAUUCCCAGCCUACCCUCUACUUCUCACUGCGCCCUUCGCCUCGAACCUCAUCACGGCCGCAUCCCAGACAAAUCAGACACAGGUCGUCUUGAAUAGGACGGCGAUUGCGCUCUCUGCUGUGGCUACACAAGGUGCAGGAUGCUUGAUCGCCUUCAUGAUCUCAGCCGCCUUUAUCUAUCGAUUAAUGACACAGAAGCUGCCGCGCGACUUUCAGCGGCCUGGUGUGUUCAUAUCUAUCGGACCAUUUGCGUUCACGGUUGGUGGGAUAGUUCUGCUGGGGAACCAAGCCGAUAAGAUUUUGCCCCAAGGAUUCCUAGGCACCGACCUAGCCGUGCCAAUUAUCAAGGUGCUCUCUGUCAUGAUUGGAUUGUGGCUCUGGGGUCUCUCCGUGUGGUUCUUUGUCGUCUCCGUCGGGUCGUUGUGGAAGUAUGUGCGGCCAGCAAACAAGAUGCCCUUCCAGAUGACGUGGUGGUCGUUUGUGUUUCCCAACACUGCGCUCGUCACUGCCACUGCGGCCCUUGGAAAAGUAUUCCAGAACUCUGGGCUUCAGAUUUUUGCGUGUGUCAUGGCUGCAGGAUUGAUUGUUGUAUGGGUCGUCGUGUUUGUGACCAUGGUUCGAUGUCUGUACAAAAGGGAGCUGCUUUGGCCGAAAGAUACCCGAUAA